AGAAGAAGAAACGGUACAAAAACAAUAGGCCCUCUCUCCGUUGGAGGGCGAGGGCCUAAUAAAGAAUUCCACAGCUUUUCCCUAAUCGUAGCUGUAACCAGUAAGCCAAAAUAUAAGGGAAGCAAGACUGCCAUCCCACAGUGAAAAAAAGUCGAGUGGGUGGUGGAGUGAGGUAAUGCAUUUCUCAGGAAGUGAAACUUAGUCGUCUCGCCAACUCUCACUGACUGCGGCAGGCAGCAGAAAGAGGAACAACGGUCCCGAGAUGAGUCCAUGCCUCACCUUAGUUUUUGCACAAACUUUGGGCUUGAUGAAAGAAAGGGUUUAUACUUUGUGAAUUUCGUUUAAAAACACCAAAAAACAGGAACAGCUCUCCCUCGAUCCCUCUCAACUCGAGGCCUUUCCGCUUCUAAAGAGUGGAGAAAGGUAGGAAAGUCGGGGCAGAGAGAAGGGACGACACGCCGCGAAGAACAUCACAAAAUGGUCACGCUGAUGAUGUAAAACCUGUGGUGGGAGGAGACAGAAAAGAGCAUCAUGGCUGAUGAACUUGGCCCGUUGCCUGGAGAAUGGAGUGAAUCUCAAGUAAGCGCCUGGUUAAAAAGUAUUGGAGUGAAGGAGCAGUACAUCAAAAAACUAUAUGAGGAAGAGGUAGAUGGACGAGUCCUCCUUGAGCUGAAUGAGGACUAUCUGAGGAAAGAGACUGGCAUGAGAUCGGGGCCUGCUCAUUUGCUAAUCACAAAGAGAGAUGAACUUAUCAGUUCCCAACUAAAAUCUCAGGAGAGGCAGAGGACCACCAGCGGCCAGAAAAGUGAGUUGAAAGGGAAAAAAAAUAAACAGAAAUCAGCUACUCUUCCUGUAGCAAGUGAAUGUCUUCCAGCACAGAUGCCAGAGACUGAACAAGGUGCCUUGGAAGAGAGACAGACUCAAGACCAGACUCUCUGUGCUUUGACUUUAAAGGAAGACUGCAAACCACGACCAUUUGAUAAAGAAGGCAUUGAUUUUGCAUAUGUUAAGCACAGGGUUCUUCAGCCUGAAUCUGGUGCCUUUGAUCUGAUAUCUCCUUGCCAUGAAUAUAAAUCUUUUGCUCUCGCUGCAACAUUGGACCGCACAAGGCUACAAGCAAAAUUUGCCAAGGAAGUUUUUAAAUUUGGGGUUGGCUGUAUGAAUAUCAGAUCAAAUGGGACAAUACAUUUUGGUGUGAUGGACAGCAAAGAUGAUACAGGCUACACACAUGGUGAGAUAAUUGGCAUCCCUGUAAAAGAGAAAGACAUGUAUACAGAUGCUUUAGAUCACAUUGAGAAGAGCUUCUCUACCUCUGAUGGAGAGCAUGUACGUCAGUGUGUGCGUCCUCCUAGGUUCAUUGAGGUGAUUGACAGAAAAAGUACUGAAAAAAUGUAUGUGGUAGAAGUUGACAUUGUGCCAUCGAUAAGUAUUGUUAAAGGCAGAGUGUACUCAGUUCGUUUGCCAAACUUCAAAGAGUCAGCUAACAAAGUGGAACAUGAGAAAGACACAGUUUAUCGGAGGGUAGGUUCAAAGUCAGAGCCAGUGAGUGACAAGGACCAAAACAAUUUCUACCUCAGAGUCAAAGAGAGGGAUGUCCAAAGAGAAGAAGCAGAGAAGCGUCAGUUCCUCAGUGCACCAGACAUCUGCCAAGACCUUGGAAGGAAGCUUACAAUGCUUAUGACUAAUGGAAAGAAAUUUCUUGAAAAGGACAAAUGGUACAUACUUGUCACAAACAAAUUCAAAUCUGAUGAUCUUUCCAACUUGGACUGGUUACUUAACAUGAAGAUAUUCUGUGUGUUUGACUUUGACCCAGACUCAAAGCUAUCAGGGCUUUGCAGUAAAUACAUCCAGCAUCAUGCUGCAAACAUGCAUUUCAUGCAGAACUAUAGGAUAUCCAGUGGCAUGAGCGUGAAGGAUCUUGAAAGCCACUUGAAUCUGUUUGACCAAACUAGCUGGAUCUUUUGUAAUGGGCGUACAGAUUACAAAGGAAAUGAACCCACCUUUGAUGAAAUGGAAUGGAUUAGGACAAAAAUGACACUCCUGAGGGAAUCCGUGUCAUUGAUCUGUAAACAAAUGUUGCCAAAAGGCACAUUCCAGGUAAUUUUCCUUCUCACAUCACCAGUUGAGAAACCUAUACUGCACACCUUCUAUGAGUUUUUCACUGACAUGGAAGGCCAUGAAGACAUCAUUUGCAUCUCUGAAUCUGAGGAAAACUUUCAGAGGUGGCAAAGUUUUGCUGAAAGUUCAUGUGGAACAGAAACAGUCAACCAUUCCAGUGUUGUUGGAAUGAAAAUGAGCCACAUCAAUGCAACAUUGCAGCAAAUUCAACCAGUAAACUUGCAUGUCACCAAGCACUUACCCAUCUUUGUAAAAGGGACAUGUUUUCUUGAAGCACAUGCAGAAGAAAAUAUGUACUCUCUGGAAAUCCUGGCUGUUGAUCAUUGUGAUGAAACCAAUGAAGACUACAUUGAAGCAGAGAAAGCUAACAUUGAACGCCAGUUCUACCAUGGAGGGAAAGUGACCUGGUUGAAUUUUUGGCUUGCUGAGCAUGGAUAUGUUGGAGAAGUAAUUGAAAGGGAUGCUUACAAUGAUGUUUCUGAACUUCUCAAAGAUGCUUUGAAACAGAAUGUUGAUCAGAGUCCUGUCAAUCGUAUUAACAUAUAUCAUCAUCCAGGAAGUGGUGGAAGCACUGUGGCAAGGCAACUUAUGUGGAAAAACAGGAAAAACCUAAGAUGUGCUGUUGUGAAGCCCUCAUACUCAGCUGCUGUUGUUGCAAAACAUGCAGCUGAGCUGAGAGAAUAUGAAGAGAAAGAUCCUAACAAAUGUCUUUCUGUACUGCUCCUCAUUGAAGACUCAGACCAAGAUUAUCUUGAUGAUCUGAGGAAUGAGCUUUUCGCUGCCAUUCACACCAAGCAAAACCAUGACAAAACACCAUGUUUCAUUUUGUUUAGCUGCAGAAGAUCCAAUGAUCCAGAGACAAGAUGCAAGGAGUCCCCAUUAAGGAAUGUAGCGGUCACUCACAAACUGUCUGAUAAGGAGAAAAGAAAGUUUGCUGGAAAGCGACAGACACUUGAGGAAUGUUAUGAGCCUAAGUUCAUCUUGACAUUUGUUUUGAUGAGUGAAGAGUUCAACCCUCACUACGUUGAAAAAUUUGUGCAGCAUUUGCUGCAAGGCAUUGAUCAUGAAUCUGCCGUCACUCUCCUCAUUAAGUAUGUGGCUUUGCUUAAUACAUAUGUUCAAAACUCUUUCAUCUCUCAGUCCCAUUGUGAAGCUCUGCUUGGACUUACCAUCCACACAGAUAGGUUUCGCCAGCAUGGCUUUGAGAACUCUCUCAGUGAGCAAGCUAAAUUGGUCUUCUUACACCUUAGAGAUGACAAGACUUACAUUCAGUCAGUCAGAAUCAUCAAUCCAUUUGUGGCAGAGGAAAUUCUCCGGCAGCUGCUGGGGAAUCAAAACAGCCAAAGUAAUCUGGCAAUGAAUCUUGUCUGUAAUGAAGUGCUUUUUGAGCACAGAUUUGGAAAGGAGGAUUACCAGGGAUGUUUGAGAGCACUAUUCAUAAGACGCUCCAAAAUAAGCAGAGGUGAUGAAUUUGAUAGUUUUUUCUCUCCUCUGGUUGAGCAUGUGUGUAAUAAUGAAACCCCAGAAAAAGCAAUUGAGCUUCUCAAGAAAGCAUAUGAAUGUUUUCAUAAAGAUCCUUUCUUUGCACAGCAACUUGCUCGUCUGCAUUAUUCCUUUGAGAAGUUUGAAGAGGCAAAACACUGGGCAGAGAUAGCAGCCAAACAGAUGCCCAACAACUCAUACAUUCUAGACACAAAAGGCCAGGUAUACAGCAAAUGGUUCCAAGCGAAGUGCAAAGCCAUUGAGAACGUACCAAAGACAGCCCAAAAUACAGCAGAUGCUGUAAACACUGCUCUGACAGCCAUUGAGUGUUUUAAAGAAUGUGAAAAGGCCGCUGUUGCAGAAGCAGAAAAUAACAACACUUCAGGAUUUUUUUCUGAAGUAGUUGUUGGCUGCAGGCUGCUCAAACUGAUUUUUUCAUUGCAAGUGUUUUCAAACAAAACUUAUGGCCAUUCAGAAUGCAUAAAAUACCUUACAACAGAUCACAUUCCUGAGGAAAUCAAAGAACCUUGGGAACCUUUUCAUAGCCGUUUGAAAAACCUUAAAGACACACUGGCUGAAGCCUUAGAGUACAUCUCAGUGGACCUCAGUUACUUCCAGAAAGAAAUUGGUGAAGAAACAGAAACAAGUGGAAGUCCUGAGAUGAACAUAAGCAAUCCACUAGCAUGGUUGGUGAAAAAGUCUACAGAGUAUGCAAAGUAUUUCAUCGAAGGUGUUUCUAUAACACAGCUGAAGCAAUAUAAGUCAAACCUAGCCAGUUUAUCGCUUUCCAAGAAGCGCAUGAUUAUUUAUCACCUUGGUGGGGGUAAUAUAACAUCCCUUCUCUACAAACUGACUGACCAGAAAGAAAGAGGUCAACUUCAAAUACAGCUUCUUGAGGAUAUCAUCUCUCUCUACUCCCAUGAUCCAUGUCAGGCCGGAUUUAGUCAAGUGGAUCUUGCUAACUACAUAGUGACCCAUAUUGCUUUGAAUUGUCUGGCACCUCAGUCUCCAAAGGUAGCUACUCUGAAAACUCUGCAGGACCUCAGUAAGCAGUUCCCAGCUGACAAAAAGAAGUGUUCUCCUACUACUCUGUUCUUGCUUACCAUGCUGUCUUGGCCAGAUGAUGGAGAUAAAGAGAAAGAAGCCAAAUAUGAAACAGUGCAGUUGGCUGUCAGACACCUCAGAGACCACUACUUGACUAAGAAGAAGGACAUUCCUCAGCGAAAGCGAAGAAUUUACACCCAUUUUUUCCUGAGCAAUGCAAGUGGAUUGAACAAAUUUGUCCACAAGACCAAGCUUCAAACAAUCCUAAAGGUGCGCUCAAUCUCUGAGAAACGGAUGAAAUGGUUCACAGGGGAAGCAUGGAAAAUGCCUGAGAUCGCUCAAAUGUUGAAACAUGUCUCUGGUUGGACUGAAGAUGGAAAAGUGUACCUUGAGGGUCCUCAGAGAAAUAAGUUUGAGAUCCCUGCUCUCUAUACACUCUCAGUGCCUCCUGGCAAUGAAAAUGUCACUUUCUACCUGGGAUUUACUCUCAGAGGACCCGUUGCAGUCAACAUCACUGUGGAAAAGUAGUCUGCCCUUCAGCAAUGGCCUUGUCAUAUAUGGAUGUACUAAUAAUGUACUUAUCAUGAUCUCCUCACCAACUCAUUAGCCCAUUUACCUUUUUAUUCUCAAAAAUAUGUGUCAGAAACUCAAAAUGUUUGGGUGGAAUAGUCUGUAAGGGUUAGUUAUCCUAGACACAACCAUUUAAGACACAACAUUUAACUAAGAGUUUAUAAUUAUGGCACCCUAAUUAAGCCAAGUCUCUUAUCACUUACCACUUCCAAGUUUACUGUUUAUAUAUUCUGAUGUUUGUUGCUGAGUUGAACUUUUGUUGACAGAUUAAUGUUGUUUGAAAUAAUUUAUGCAAACUUAACUAUAUGUGUCAUGUUUGAAUUAAAAUGCAUUCUUUUUUGUUAUUCAACAGCUGCAGUAACAUUUCUCUGUUGUGUACCGUAACUUACUGAAGAUGAGAUUUUUUUUUGUGAUUUUUGUGAUUUUUGUGAUUAUUCUGAUGUUCUGAUGACGAUGACAAGGAUCAUUGCUGGUAUUAUUACUAUUCUUAAUAUUCAGGUGAUGUUGAGACAGUUUUAUUGAGUAUUGCUGAAUUACUCCAUUUUGUUUUGUUUUUUACCUUGUUGCAUACACAUAUCUAUUUACUUGCAAAUACUCAUGAUUCUUAAGUAAAGAUUAAAUGUGAACUCA